GCGCGUGAUAUCAACCCUACUGUACGGCUUUUUUUUUGACGCCUAGAGCUGGUCUAGAUAGCUGCGAUCAUGUCUGCCGAAGCAAAUCCGCCGAAAUUGAAGCAAAAUCUUAAGGGAUGGAUGAUCUUCUUCAUUGUCAUCAGCGCCGUGAUAGGUGGCGGCAUCUUCAGCAAUGGCGGCCCGUCGAUGAAGGUCGCUGGUCCGGCAGGAGCUCUAGUUGCUCUGAUCAUUAUGGGCGCGAUCACAAUAUGUGCCGCGGAAGGUUUGAGCGAGUUGACCCAGCUCUUUCCCGCCCCAAAUGCGAUCGUCGAAUACGUGAGAGCUUUCGUAGACGAGGACCUCGCAUGGGUAAUUGGUAUCGCGUACUGGUAGUAACCUAGCAAGUUCUGGUAUGGAACAUUGCGCUGAUAUCUGUACAGGUUCACAUACUCCUCGAUCUUUGCUACGCAAAAUCUCGCAGCGGCGAACUUGGCUGUAUACUGGGGAUUGAA